AUGCCUUCCUCUAUAUGGGCCCUCGCGGCCGCCGUCGCCCCAGCCAUCGUCAACGCCGAAUCCCUCGCCAACGUCUGCAAGACGGCUACGCGCGGCCUGGCCAUCACCUCUGGAAGCCAAUACUUCCCCACAGGUAUCAUCGUCGGUGCCGUCUCUGGCAUCACUGACGGCGGCUUUGGUUGCUCCGGGGGCGGCCGCGAGGGAUGUAGUCAGGCACAGCGGUUUACCCACCAGUUUGACGGUCUUGCGCUGGCGCGCCUAUUUUCCGAUAUAGGCCACACAGCCAUCUCGCCAACCGACGGCGUCAUCGCGCGUUCAGACCUCUGCAAAACCACCUUUGACUUCAAAACCACCGUCGGCCAAGCCUACUACUUCACAGCAAAAGCCGCCAGCAGCGGGCCCAGCUUCCCCACGCCGACCUGGAGCCUGAGUAUGUCCGGCCUUGGCGACGAGUGGGUGGCGCGCUACCUCCAGCUCCGCGACACAAGCGACCUCGUCAGCGUCACCGCCGACACCCUCCGCGACUGGAUGCCCUACGGCAUGAAAAAGUACAUCGACUCCUUAAAGACGACGCACCCGGAGCUCGGCAACAUCCAGUCCGCCGGCGGUAGGAUCCUCCACAUCCACGGCGAGGAUGACGAUUUCAUCCCCGCCGCCUCGUCGGUGCAAUACUACGAUUCCGUCCGGAGCAUCGUGUUCCCCUGCCAAGGGUUCAAUGAGAGCGGCCCGGCCAUUUCACCGCCUUUGGUUAAAAAGGGCGCCGCGCCGGCGACGCUGAAGAACACGGGCGUCGGCAUGGAGACGCUUUGCCGCUGGUUCAUGCGGCCUUUGUGA